GUAGAACAAUUAAGAUUAAAGUGAUGGAGAGUGCACCGGUAGAGGAGGUUGCAGGAGGAGAAAGUUUAGUUAGUCAGGUGUUGGAAGAAUCAAAGAAGUUGUGGAGGAUCGGAGGACCGGCCGUGAUCAUUAGGCUCUCAACCUUUGGUAGCUUUAUUGUGACUCAAUCAUAUAUAGGCUAUUGCGGCGAGACCGAGCUCGCCUCCUAUGCUCUUGUUUUAUCGCUCGUCGUCCGACUUUGCCAUGGAAUUAUGGUGGGAAUGAGCAGUGCUACAGAGACACUGUGCGGUCAAGCGUUUGGAGCUAAGAAAUACCAAGCAAUGGGCGUCUACCUCCAGCGGUCGUGGUUAGUCUUCGGCGCCGUGGCCACCCUGCUCCUCCCCCUCUUCGUCUGCGCCUCUCCGUUCUUCAAAGCGCUGGGACAGACCCACGAGCUCUCCGAUGCCGCCCGCCCCAUCGCCCUCAUGUUCAUCCCCUACCACUACGCCAGCGUCUUCUUCAUUUCCAUGCAGAUGUUCCUGCAAUCCCAGCUCAAGAACUUCGUCAUCGCACUGCUGGCCCUGCCCUCCUUCCUCCUCCACAUGUUGCUCUCCUGGAUCGCCGUUGUCAAGCUCAAUUGGGGAGUCGCCGGAGCUGCAGCCUCGCUGAACGCCUACGGCUGGAUAAUGGUCCUCGGCGAGUUCAUCUACGUGGGCGGCGGCUGGUGCUCGCUGACCUGGACGGGCUUCAGCAGGGAAGCCUUCCGCGAGCUGCUGCCGGUGCUCAAGCUCUCCGUGUCUUCUGGCAUAAUGAUCUGUUUGCAAGUAUGGAACAACGCCGCCGUCGUGUUCUUGGCAGGGUACAUGAAAAACGCCAAGACUUCCCUCGCCGCUUUGUCUAUUUGCAUUAAUAUCUCCACAUGGGCGCUGAUGAUGAUGCUGGGCUUGUUGACCGCCACAGGCGUUCGCGUAUCGAACGAGCUCGGCAAGGGGAGUGCUAAAUCUGCCAAGUUCGCCAUCAAGGUAGCGACGCUGAACUCGUUGAUCGUCGGCUGCUUCUUCCUCGUUCUGUUUCUCAUCAUCGGCAAGAGAGUCUCUUACCUCUUCACCGACAGCGAGGAGGUGGCAAAGUACGUGUCCAGCAUGCACCUUCUGCUGGUGCUCUCUGUUCUGCCCUGCAUUUUUCAGCCAAUACUUUCAGGUGCAGCGAUCGGUGCUGGCUAUCAAAGUGCCGUGGCUUAUGUGAACUUAGUGUGCUUCUACAUCAUCGGCUUCCCUUUGGGGAUCAUUCUCGGAUGCAAGACCGACUUGCAUGUCAAGGGCAUUUGGAUUGGAACUCUGUGCGGGUCAGCAGUGCAAAUACUCAUACUUAUCAGAAUGACUAUCAAAACUGAUUGGGAGCAACAGGUGGAGAUUGCAAAAGCAAGGUUAAGCAGGUGGCAAGUGCCGUCAUCACAAGCUGAAGAAAGUAAUGAUCAGAUGAUAUAGGCCCCAGGGUUUAAUUGGAAGAAGAGUAUCACUAUUUGAUGUAAAUAUUGAAGUAGAAUAUAUAAUAGAUACUCUAAGUUAUUAUUUUUGAGGCAAACAUAAAAAGAUCAUCUGGCAUUUAACAAAACCAUAGCUAUUACUUUUAUCAUGAGAAUACUCUUACUUUCUAUAUUAUUAUAGCUAGGUUAUUACAAUGUGUAAUGGUUAUCCCCAUAACUAUCACAUCGUAUGUGAUACGGUGUAUGAUAGAGGAGUCGUCGGAAGUCAAGUCAAUGUGACAGUCAGAAGUUAAGCCCACGAGGCGAUCAGAAGUCAAGUCCA